GGCGGAGUCGGGUCGCUAGAAGCCCUGCGGUCCUCUCCACACUCCACGGAGCUUGAAGGACUUAGUGGGGUGGCCUCCGGCCGAGCAGCUGCGGCGGAGCCUGGAGCCGAGCGGGGGCCUUCUCAAGGCCCCGGGACGCGUCUCCGGGUGCCGGGGGCAUCUACGGGGCGUCCCCGUGAGAACUGGGGACGUCCACAAGGCCUGGACCGAGAUUGGCGCCAGCCCUCCAUCAUAUAGCCGCCUUGGGUCAUUUCUGUAGGCACUGUUGAUCGUCUUUAUGGGCUGACCGGAGUCUAGGGUCUGUUCAGAGAGUUCUGGGGCCAUCUUGAGAUCUUGAGACAUGUCCCAGGGGUGAAGGAGGUCUGCAGGAGCUGAGGAGUAUCUGCUGAGCCAUCUGUAGCUCUGGGGUGACCAUGGAGGAAGAAGAUGAGUCUCGAGGGAAGACAGAGGAGUCGGGUGAGGAUCGGGCUGAGGGUCCGCCGGACAGAGACCCCACGCUUUCUCCUACGGCCUUCAUUCUGCGGGCCAUUCAGCAGGCUAUGGGAAGCUCCCUGCAGGGGGAUCUGGCGAAUGAUAAAGAUGGCUCUCGGUGUCAUGGCCUUCGAUGGAGGCGCUGCCGGAGCCCCCGGUCAGAGUCCCGUUCCCAGGAGGCAGGGGGAGCUGACACAGCUGCUGCUUUGGACACGGCUGCAGACAGCUUCCUGGCUGGGUUGGUGAGCGUCCUGGAUCCCCCAGACACCUGGGUUCCCAGCCACCUGGACCUGCGGCCUGGCGAAAGUGAGGACAUGCUGGAGCUGGUGGCCGAGGUCCGCAUCGGGGACAGGGACCCGAUCCCUCUGCUCGUGCCCAGCCUUCUGCCUCGUCUCAGGGCCUGGAGGACGGGCAAAACGGUUUCUCCUCAGUCUCAUUCUUCUCGGCCCACCUGUGCCCGCCACCUCACCUUGGGCACUGGAGACGGGGGCCCUGCCCCACCCCCUGCCCCUUCCUCUGCGUCCUCCUCGCCUUCUCCAUCCCCUUCAUCAUCCUCCCCUUCCCCUCCUCCUCCCCCACCACCCCCAGCCCCCCCAGCCCCACCUGCCCCCCGAUUCGACAUCUAUGACCCCUUCCACCCCACCGACGAGGCCUAUUCCCCACCACCCGCUCCGGAGCAAAAGUACGACCCCUUUGAGCCCACUGGCUCCAACCCCAGCUCAUCGGCUGGGACCCCCUCACCUGAGGAGGAAGAGGAGGAGGAGGAGGAGGAAGAGGAGGAGGAGGAGGAAGAGGAGGAGGAAGGCCUGUCCCAGAGCAUCAGCCGCAUCUCCGAGACCCUGGCGGGCAUCUACGAUGACAAUAGUCUGAGCCAGGACUUCCCAGGUGAUGAGAGCCCCACCCCGGACCCCCAGCCCCCGCAGUCGACUGUAGCUGCUGGCACACCGCCACAGGCAGACUCCACCCGGGUGGACGGAGCCACCCGCCGGCGAGUCUUCGUGGUGGGGACCGAGGCGGAGGCCUGUCGGGAAGGCAAGGUCUCCGUGGAGGUGGUGACGGCCAGUGGAGCUGCGCCGCCGCCCCCCUUGCUGCCCCCUGGCGACUCAGAGAUUGAGGAGGGUGAGAUCGUCCAGCCCGAGGAGGAGCCUAGGAUGGCGCUGUCCCUCUUCCGGGCCAGCAGCCGGGCUGCCCGCCCUCCUCCUGCAGCCCCAGCCGCCCCCACGGCCCAGCCCCCACCCCCGCCGCCUGCCCCCCGAGCCCCUGAGGGCGACGACUUCUUAUCUCUGCACGCUGAGUCAGAUGGUGAGGGUGCCCUGCAGGUGGACCUGGGUGAGCCGGCGCCCGCACCCCCCCCCACCGACGCGCGCUGGGGCGGCCUGGACCUCCGCCGCAAGAUCCUGACCCAGCGGCGGGAGCGGUACCGCCAGCGCUCACCCUCCCCAGCCGCCGCCGCCCCAGCCGGCCCGCCUGCCCGCAAGAAAUCCCGGAGGGAGCGCAAGCGCAGCGGCGAGGCCAAGGAGGCCGCCUCUUCCUCCUCGGGUGCGGCGCCCGCCCAGCCGGCCCCAGCCUCCCCCUGGGACUCCAAGAAGCACCGCUCCCGGGACCGCAAGCCAGGCUCCCAUGCCUCCUCGUCCACCCGCCGCCGCUCUCGGUCCCGCUCAGCCCGCCGCCGCUCACGCAGCCCCGACCGCCGCCGAGGGGGCAGCCGCAGGUCCCGGUCCCGGGAGAAGCGGCGACGGAGGCGGCGCUCGGCCUCCCCGCCCCCGGCCACCUCCUCCUCCUCGUCCUCCAGGCGCGAGCGGCACCGAGGCAAGCACCGGGAAGGCGGCAGCAGCAAGAAGAAGAAGAAGCGGUCUCGGUCCAGGGGCGAGAAGCGGUCGGGGGACAGUGAGAAAGCCUUGGUGCCAGCCCAGCCGCCCUCCGGCUCGACUUCCUUGAGCGGGGAGCGUGACAGCCGCCGACGGGGGGCCGUGCCGCCCUCCAUCCAGGACCUCACGGACCACGAUCUCUUCGCCAUCAAGCGGACCAUCACCGUGGGCCGGCCGGACAAGGCUGACCCCCGAGGCCCCUCACCGGCCCCUGCCUCGUCGCCUAAGCGCGAGGUCCUGUACGACUCGGAGGGACUGAGCACUGAGGAGCGGGGGGGCAAGAGCAGCGAGAAGGACAGGCGCCGCUCUGGGGCCGCCGCCACCUCCUCCUCCUCCCGGGAAAAGGGAUCCCGGCGGAAGACGCUGGAUGGGGGGGAUCGGGACCGGGACAGGGACAGAGAUAGGGACAGGGACAGGUCAUCCAAGAAGGCCCGGCCCCCCAAGGAGUCGGCGCCCUCCUCAGGGCCCCCGCCCAAGCCACCGGUCAGCAGCGGCUCCGGCUCCUCGUCCUCGUCCUCGUCCUCUUCCUCCCGGAAGGUGAAGCUGCAGUCCAAGGUGGCGGUGCUGAUCCGGGAGGGUGUCAGCAGCACCACCCCGGCCAAGGAGGCCGCCUCGGCCGGCCUGGGCUCCAUUGGAGUCAAGUUCAGCCGCGACCGGGAGAGCCGCUCCCCCUUCCUCAAGCCCGAGGAGCGGGCCCCUGCGGAGGUGGCCAAAGCCGCUCCGGGCAGUACCAAGCCCAAAAAGACCAAGGUUAAGACUAAGGCUGGGGCCAAGAAAGCCAAGGGGACCAAGGGAAAGACCAAGCCAUCCAAGACCAGGAAAAAGAUCCGCAGCGGGGGCAGCAGCGGGGGCACCGGCGGCCCUGUGACACUGAAGAAGUCCAAGGCAGAUAGCUGUAGUCAGGCGGCGGGAGCCAAGGGGGCGGAGGAGACUUCCUGGUCCGGGGAAGAGCGGGCAGCCAAGGCCCCCAGCACCCCACCCCCCAAGGCAGCCCCUCCGCCCCCUGCCCUCACGCCGGACUCGCAGACUGUGGAUAGCAGCUGUAAGACGCCUGAGGUCUCCUUCUUGCCUGAAGAGGCUGCUGAGGAGGCUGGGGUCCGAGGUGGGGCAGAGGAGGAGGAGGAAGAGGAAGAGGAGGAGGAGGAGGAAGAGGAGGAGGAAGAGCAGCAGCCUGCCACCACCACGGCCACCAGCACGGCCGCAGCCGCCCCGAGCACCGCCCCCAGUGCGGGGUCCACAGCUGGUGACUCAGGGGCGGAGGACGGGCCGGCCACCCGCGUCUCUCAGCUGCCCACGCUGCCCCCGCCCAUGCCCUGGAACCUGCCCGCUGGUGUGGACUGCACCACCAGUGGCGUCCUGGCCUUGACUGCACUUCUCUUCAAGAUGGAAGAAGCCAAUCUGGCAAGCCGGGCAAAGGCCCAGGAGCUGAUCCAGGCCACCAACCAGAUCCUCAGCCACCGGAAGCCACCCUCCGGUCUAGGGGUGACACCGGCUCCUGUGCCCACCUCUCUCGGUCUGCCCCCUGGCCCCUCCAGCUACCUGCUCCCGGGCAGCCUACCCCUGGGGGGCUGCGGCUCUACCCCUCCCACCCCCACUGGGCUGGCUGCAGCGUCUGACAAGAGAGAGGGCAGCAGCAGCUCCGAGGGACGAGGGGACACAGACAAGUACCUGAAGAAGCUGCACACGCAGGAGCGGGCGGUGGAGGAGGUGAAGCUGGCCAUCAAACCGUACUAUCAGAAGAAGGACAUCACCAAGGAGGAGUACAAGGACAUCCUGAGGAAGGCCGUCCACAAGAUCUGCCACAGCAAAAGCGGGGAGAUCAACCCAGUGAAGGUGAGCAACUUGGUGCGGGCCUACGUCCAACGCUACCGCUACUUCCGCAAGCACGGCCGCAAGCCAGGGGACCCCCCGGGGCCUCCACGGCCGCCCAAGGAGCCAGGGCCCCCUGACAAGGGCGGCCCCGGCCUGCCCCUGCCUCCUCUCUGAGACGCCCAGCCCCACCUCCCUCCUGAGCCUCUUCCGAAUUCUGGACGUAUUUAUGGCUCCGCCUCCCCGCUUCCUCCCCGGUCAGCGGGGUGAUUGGGGGAGGGCGGCUGCCCAGCCCCUUGCCCGUCUCCAGGCCUGGCCCCACCGCCCCUCCCCUCUGUUCAUGCCCCUCCCCCGAUUUCAUUAAAAGAUUUCAUGAAAUGUUCC